UUGACCGUUGGUCAGAGAACGCAUUCCACGUGGAGACGAACAAACCGAAAUUGACUGCCAGUAGCACGCUAAGUUGGGUAAAAAUAAGCAAUACACACAAAGAUUCAAAUACGGGCCAUCGUCAAAGGAGUAGCGAAAGGGAGAGAAUCAUUUUCAGUUGGCCACCUGCGUCCUAAUCCUUUUCUACUCUUGAUCAUCAUGAAUCGUCAACGACAAGAACAAUACCAGCAGCAAAUUGUAGCUUUACCCGAUGCUCAUGAACUCCCAGCUUUACUCGUUCGGGGAGUCACUAAUUUUGCCUGUCGCCAUAGGUACAUAAGCGGGGCAUAUAUUCUUGGUUUGAUCUCCCUACUACUAAUUGGAAGUGGUUCAAAGCUAUCACUGCAACAGACCCAAGAGUACACUAAGCUUAUGAAAACCAUAGAUUUGCAAGCGGAGUUCGAUGCAAGCAACGAAUACUGGAAAGCGCGUAACGCGUACCAUGGUACGAAGGGAUGGUUCACCUGUGACGAGCUCUGCCAGCGAAACAAAGCUCGCAUGGUAAAAGCCGAGACAGUCUUAGGCGAGAUUAGACGAGAAGGCCAAGCCAGGAUGAGUGACGCGAAGGCGGUUGCUGGUUUGUGGAGCGAGAUUGGCGUGGGAGAAGUCAAGGACUCCUUUUGGCAAUAUUUUUAUUCUGGCAAGCAGUUUGCGAAAAGACAGUCUAUGUGGGAUGCCCUCUUCAUUGGAAUUCGCCAAAUUGGGCGAAGUCGGGAUGAGUCCUGGAUCGAGUACGCCUUCAAAAUUCUUAUGCAGGUGCUUAUCAAUUUUUCACUGGGUCUCUUGAUGGCACUCGGAAUGUUUGUGCUCGGCCUAUGGGCCACAGUUCGGUCUUAUCAACCUAGUCCUCUUGUUGCCGUUGCUUUUUUUGUCGCUGCAGCAUGUGGAGCUUUUGCUUUUGUUGCCACUUACCUCAUGGCUAUUUACGGUGCAUCAGCCGCCAGUGUGUACGGCGUAUUCAAAUUGGCAGAGACAAGUGCUCGUGCUAGAAUUGCUGAGCAACAACGAAACACUCAUGUACAUGGCCAUGUACAUAAUGACUAGCUCUUUCUUCAAACUACU